GUGAGCGUGAGACAGUCAGCGCCCAGUGCUCUCGAUUUAUAAAGUUAUCCACACAGUUGGCGAUACAAGUUAUCCCGUUCUACUCUCUUGACCACUCCAAUGAUGACUUCGAAUCCGGACCAGGUAAUUCUGGUUUUAGUGGAGGACAUCCGUCUGGCGACUCGGUCGACGUCUACAUCGGCCCUACACCCGACGCGCGACGCGUCCUGUGAGACGUUGCAGGCAACCCACGCGGACGCUGCAACUUCGAUGCAUAGUGAGAAAGGUCGCCGACAGAGGUUAAGGUCAUGGGUCUGGCUUUUGAUGCUCUUGUUAAUAGGCGCAGGAAUACUUUACAUUUUAAUCUUCACUCGGGAUGGAGGUAUCCCCGUUUAUCCGCCUGGCCCGUACACCAACGAAACGAGUACAACCACAGAAAGUGACUACGUGACCCCGUCGCAUGGACCGACCACCACCUCGGAACACGGGGACAUAAGUACGUCGCACGCGGAACCCGACCUGAGUAAGACGUCACAGACAUCGAGCACGUCCAACACGGCGUCGACCAGCUCGACGUCGACCAGCACGACGUCCACGUCGACCAGCACGACGUCCACGUCGACAAGCACGACGUCCACGUCGACAAGCACGACGUCCACGUCGACAAGCACGACGUCCACGUCGACAAGCACGACGUCCACGUCGACCAGCACGACGUCCACGUCAACCAGCACGACGUCAACGACAACCAGCACGACAUCGGUGAAGCCGCCGCUGCCAACAAGUGCCCCGUACAAGCCAGGAGACUUUCUUCUCUGUUCUGUCACAUCCGGCAUGGCAGACCAUCUCCCAAAAGACGGCUUGUGCAACGUGAUAUUAUUUUCACUGCUCACGACCAACACCAGCGUGAUGUUUUCUAGUAAAAGUGUAAUUGCGUUGAACCGCAUCAGAAGAUAUGUUGCUGCGUCAAGGAGAACUCAAUGUGGGCUCGACUUCCAGUUCAACACUAUCGUCGAGCACCGAAACAACAUCGGAAGUUCAUCGACGCUCCAAGCUAUCACAGAGAUCGGUGCGCACUUGUCCGGCGUCCUCACUGUCAACGUGGAAUCAAACUGGGAUGAGCGUUGCGAAGCCACGAGUGUCCUGCUUCGUGUGCUGCACAGCAAACUAAAGAGCACGGACGGGCCAGCCAUCGGAGUGACUGCGGAAGGCGCGUCCGGCAAAAGGAAAGAUGUCCUUGGAGUCCUUUCACGUCUUUUGAAAGCGGUAAAUCCUACGUAUGUGGUCUUCCGUAGUUCUAUCCUCGUUUCUGAUAAAGGCUGUCAAGUUAGAGCACCCUCACCGUUGCAUGGCGCCUCACCGUCUUUUGAGGACGCGUGGCAACUUUUGCAAGCGGCCUCGCCAUCAUUAGGACCAGCAGCAAAGACGUUUAUGUCGUUUACACCAGCUGUUUUACUCUACAACCUCGUGAAGAAGGGCAUACAUGUAGACUCACGGUGUAGAUCGGUGGUAUACAGCGAUUUUCGUUCUUGGUGCAGAGAGAAACGAAUACGCGUCAGCGAUGGAGUCUACAGCCUGGCAUGGGACGGGUUUACAGUGAAAGUGGCAGAUGACCUGGUCACAACUAAAGAAAAGGUUUGCGCGGCGAGAGCUACUGGUUUUCAAGGACACUGGGCCGUUUUUGCCCUUGAGCGUGCAGACGACUAUAGUUGCGGGCACUCCAAAUUGUCCUAUACGGACAUUCUUCGAAAAAUGGACCAGUGCAGCCGAACAAGAAAAAUAUAAUGACCCAAACCCAUA